GAGAUGCCAGAUAGAUGUCCAAAUCAUGCACCUAAUAUGCAUAACAACCCUCCACCAACUGAACAACGAAAUCACACACUGCAGUUUUUAUUUUAUUGCUUGACUUUUGUAUUAUCGAAACCCAUAAGCAAACAAUUCUUGUAAAUUAAGCUUAGUGUUUUAUUUUAAUCACAUAAUUAAUUAGGCAAUGGCCAGCUAAUAGUGUUCGUGGUCUCCUCUACUCUAUCCUCUCUCUUCUUUCUUCUUUCUCUUGCUGCAUUCCAUUCCUUCUCUUAAACCCCUCGAAUUGAAACAUAAUAUUCUGUCUCUCCAAUUGAACCGGGUUUUCUCUCUGCUCCACCCCCGACGGGCAACAAAUGAGUGGGAGAACCUAUGUUGUGAUAUUCUUCUUCUGGGCUGCUCUUACUGUCAUCACCCCCACACUCGUUUUUCUUUCAGAGACUUCCAAACCGUACUUGGAUUCAAAUGGUGAGGAAAUUGAAGGAACCAAGGGUAGAAGACUGAUUGGAAUCGUAGGAUAUGAAUCACAACGUCGACCACGAGUUCUGCCAACUACGGAAGCCCCUACAGCAUCACCAUCACUGGCGCAAGCUCCAGUUUCGGAACUAAAACCAGGUUUGAAGCACAGAGAAACCAGUCUUGUAAAGGUCUUUAUAGAGUCAUUGAGAUUUGUGAUCAACAAUACUAAGUUCAAGUUAAAUUAAGGCGGAGUCGGAGUCAGAUUCUUAUAGGAUUUUAGGUUAGGUUGUUCUUCGUGCAUAAAAGCUACUUCAGAGACAAAGCUCGCACUUUUCGGUAUGAGCCUCUCUGAUCAUCUUCGGAAGAAAAAUGUAAGUGUGACAUGUCAAUACAAGGAAGAGAACUGCACUGGUUUUCCUGUAAAAUGUAUGUUUAUUUCGUUUUCUAAACGUUGAGGGGGAAUGAAACGUUAGAUUAAGAGCUAGUUGGUUGUUUUUCCUGAUGUUAGUUGUACCGAAAGGUAAGGAAAAGCAUAAGCUGAGGGAACAUCAUAUGUGAGCGAAGACAUUGAAUAAUGGAUGUUUUCUUGUCAUUAUAUAAAGUUAUAUAAAGUUGAAGAGACAUUGUGGUA